ACAGUAUAACCACAUCGCUCUCUGUCUUCUUUUUUCUCCUGGGUCGUGACCAUCAUGUUUAACACUAUGUGUCUCUAUUAAUAAGAGAAACAGCGUGUGUCGUGUGUUCAGAAGUGCUUUACACCUGUUCCUUACAGACUACAGUUGCGGUUUCAGAGCUCCCACUGUUGGAAUUGACAUCAAACCUUUGCCCCUUUUCUCUUUCUUGGAAUUCCCGGAAAUGUGAUUAUAUUUAUAAUUAUUGAAUUGUCCAUGUAUUCUCAACCACUCACUGCGCCUAUUGCUAUUGCCAUUGCACCUCCUCCUCCAGGUGAGGAAAAGCUCAAUCUCGAUCUUGAAAUUGGGAGCUCUGCAUGUGCAAAUGCAAUUGAAGGAGGGUUGAAGCAAGUCAAAAUUGAACGUUUAUUCAGUAGGGAUCAGUUUGAUGAGCUUUGCAACCAAAUUUGUAUCCAUAAUUCGAUAGUCUAUGGUUUUCCGGUGGCUUUUCACCUCCUCCUUCCCAUAUGGAUUAGUGUUUUUAACUCUUUAGGCCCUGCCAUUUACAACAUUUACCCCACCUUAAGCGGUUUCAGCCCUGAGAAGUCUGAUCAUAGCAGUGUGAUGGAUGAUUCUGAACCAGGAAGAUGUAGGAGAACUGAUGGGAGAAAGUGGAGGUGCAGCAAGAAUGCGGUUCCACAACAGAAAUACUGCGAAAGGCACAUGCACCGGGGGCGUCAAGGUUCAAGAAAGCAUGUGGAACCGAUUCAGAGAGUAUCGAAACCUAUUAAUCAUCGAGCCCCUGAUGUAACUAGGAUGCCUGUAAUGUCUUUGGUUGCAUCUGAUGUAGAUGAUCGAGUUUCUGUUUCUGUCCAGAGUGAUCUCGGUCCCAGCCAACUGCGUUGCACCAAUAGUGCUGACUAUACCCUGAGCACCUGUUCUAGUUCGAGGGCUAACUGCUUGGUCAGUGGAGGUGAUCAUGGUGAUGGAAAGUCUAGUCUUGAUGAUGCCGAACCUAUAAACUUGAGUGGCAGAACGCAGAAUGUUGUUGGAAACAACUACGUUGACUUCAAUUCUCCGAGAUAUGGUUUGUCUCCCAAGAGUGUUCUUAACGCUGCAGGAAAAAUUGGGGUAGGGUUGGGCGCUACGGAAGGUGGAGCACAGAGAUGCCGGAGAACAGAUGGCAAGAAAUGGCAAUGCAGGCGAGACGUCCUCCACAACCAGAAGUACUGCGAGGCACACAUGCACAGAGGGGUGAAGAGGCUCAUGGUGAAACCAGAGCAUUCAAAUCACAGAGGGGUGAAGAGGCUUGUUGUGAAACCAGAACAUUCGAAGCACACUCCUGCAGGGACAGCUCAAGAGGCACCCCGUGCCAUAACUAGAAAUCUUGACAGUGGCAUCAACUUGAACACAUUACCAGAAAGCCCUCGGCAUCCCACGAGCAACGAUUCUAGCAGCAGUGCCAGCGAUGCCACGACCAUCACCGACGAAAACAUUAGCUAUUGUCUCAGCAACAGCUCCCUUCAUCAUGGCUAGAAAAUCAAUGGAGUUCGCAAUAACAAGACAUGUUGUUGACCUUACUUUUGAGAAAUUGUUGAUUUAGAUUGAACGAAGUUUUUUUGGUGUAUGUAUUUGAGAAAUUGCUGAACUUUCUUUUUUGUUAAGUGCAUAUUGGGAUCCAAGGAGAACUUAUACCGGA